AUGUCGACGGACAAGAGUUAUAAAUAUGUAGAUGAUCUCUUAACUUUCUUUGAAACUCACAAAUCGGAACUAGUUCUGUGGAGAAUUUGGAAAUUACUCGCAAGAUACCUUAGGUCUAUUGAGGAAAGGAAUUCUGUUUUAACUCAUUAUAAGGAGAAGAUGGCAACAGUGAAAAACUGA